AUGGUGAACUCGAAGACUUCGGCUGCGGCCUUUGUGGUCAGCGCCUCGACGGUUGCUGCGCAGGUCUUUGCUCCUUAUACUGCUAGCAAUGGCAUCUCUUUCUGGCAGGCCAGCUUUGGCACAACUUUGGGACAGGACACGGCACAAUUUGGUCUGGCGCUCCCUCCGGCUUCUGAGACGAGCAUGACGAAUGAGUAUAUUGGUCGUCUUGUUGUGCCUAAGGUGUCGACGGGAACGUGGAUGGGUUUGUCACACAUGAGCGAAAUGACGAAUUCACUCUUACUGGUGACAUGGACGAACAAUGACGAUAUCAUCACAUCCUUCCGAUAUGCUUCUGGCUAUGUCGCUCCGGAUGUGUAUACUGGGAACGCUACCUUGACACCCAUCAGCACGAACGUGAACGACACUCACUACGAGCUCACAUACCGCUGCGAGAACUGCUGGAGCUGGAAUCAAGACGGUGCUGCUGGCUCGCAAGUACCCACGACUGCUUCGGGCGCAGCACAACUGAUUGGCUGGGCUCAGGCCACCAACCCACCGACAAACCCUGGUGAGGUCGACUCAGGUCUGCAGCAGCACGCCAGCGAUGGCAUCUUUGGUGCUCUUGUUGCUUCUGCUCGUAACACGGCUUACACCAGCUGGGCAGCUUUGGCCACACCUACCGCAGCCGCGACUGCAACUCCCUAUCCUGCCGGGAAUGGUACAGCUGGGGCUGGUGCGACCGGUACCGGCAUGCCACCCGUAGCCACAGCUUCUGCCACUGCAGCUCCUGUCGCUUGCCCAACCAACAGCACAAUUGCAAGCACCACAUGGGACUAUAGCAUCGUCGGGGCUGGAGCUGGCGGCAUUCCCCUAGCUGACAAGCUCUCGGAGGAUGGUGCUUCCGUUCUUCUCAUUCGAACGUGGUCCACCAUCCUCUGGACGCUGGGGUGGUAG